AUUAGAAGAGUAUGCAUUGAAUAAUUUUUUUCUUCACAAUGAAAGUUUGAAAAAAAAUUUUGUUUGCUUUUUAUAAUAAGAAUAAGAUUUUGGAAAAUUUUUUUUUUAUUUUGCUGAUGAAAUGGAAUUUGACAGAAAGGAAAAGACAACUUCAUUCACUGUUAUCGGUCCACCAAUUUUGCCAAUAAGUGUUAUAUCAUCGACGGAAAUUGAAAAUUCAUCGUUGGGGAAAAAUGAAGAUACAAGGACAGAAGAAGAAGUAGUUGAAUUGGCUAUCAAUGAAACUGGUUUUGGAAAGUUCAAUAUAAAAGUAACAGUAAUAUGCUUUCUAAUUUAUUUAAAUAUUAGUCUAAGUACAGUAAGUACUGGCUUUGUACUUCCGGCAGCUGCAUGUGAUCUGCAAAUGAGUACUGUUGAUAAAGGAUUAUUGAGCAGUUCAUAUUUUAUAGGUUCUUGUUUUAGUGCAUUGAUUUGUGGAUUUUUAGCCAAUUUAAAGGGUAGAAAAUGGCUUCUAAUAGUUUCAUUGUUCCUUCAAGGAAAUGCCGAUUUACUGCAAUCAAUUGUCUCCAAUUAUUGGAUAAUAAUGGGAUUGAAAUUUAUAUCCGGUUUUGCAGGAACGGGACAAUUGAUUACUGUAUUUACCUAUUUAAGUGAAUGCAUUCCUUUGAAGCAAAGAAAAUCACUUUUAUCAUUAAUGGAAUUUUUUUGGAUUUCUGGUCACGGUGUGGCGUCAGCUCUAGCAUAUGGAAUUAUUCCAUUAGAAUUUCAAUUUCAAAAGAAAUAUUUUUCCUUUCAAUCAUGGAAUCUUUAUAUUUUAAUUUGCUCACUGCCCGGUAUUAUUCUUGGCUUUUGGUUAAUUUGUUUUCCCGAAAGUCCAAAAUAUUUGGCAGAAAUGGGUUCAAAUGAAAAAUUAUUACAAGUCCUCAUUGAAAUGUAUGAACAAAAUAAUCGAAAAUCUGCACGAGAAUAUAUAGAAAAGCUUGUUAAUAAUGAAAACACGUCAUUGAUGAAAUUGGUAAAUCGUUCGCGUGACAAGGGGGUGACAGUAAAUAAAUUAUCAUUUUUCAAAGAGAAAUUAUUAAUGGAAUUAAGACAUACUAAAACAGUGUUAAAGCGACCACUUUUAAUUAAUACUUGUUUCGCUUGUUUUACUGCAUUUUGUGUAACGGCAUCUUAUUUUGCAAUUUAUCUUUGGUUACCGGAAAUUUUUCAACGAGUCGUUGAAUUUGAGGAAAACAGUAAAAAUGAGACAUUAAGUUUCUGUGCUGUCUCACGUGAUCUUCAAUUUUCUAUGAAAAACAAGGAAACUGAUCCAUUUCUUUGUAACGGAACAGUGGACACUAAAGUUUUUAUUUAUAAUUUAUUACUGUGCGCAUCUUGUGUUCCUGCAAUUUUUCCAGUAUUAUAUUUCGUGGCUCGAUAUGGCUUCAAAAUUUUAUUAGCAUUAACUUCGAUUCUUUGCUCGGGCGUCGUGUUUGGUCUCUAUUUUGUUAAUUCUUCUCUUCAAAUUUUAAUUCUUCUUUGCGUUUACUUGCCAUUAAUAUCAGUCUGCAUUACUAUUUCAUUUGCACUGUUUGUUUCAAUUUUUCCCACAAAUCUCAGAUCAUCGGGAGUUACAUUAACUUCUCUUUCCUCUCGUCUGGGGGCCUCAUUUGGCAAUAUUAUAUUCAGUUAUCUCAUAGAACAAUAUUGCUUCGAAUUUAUCAUACUCGUAACUAUUCUACUUGUUGUUUCAGCGAUAUCAACAAUAAUAAUUCAAGAAAGAUAAACGUUUCAUUGCUCCUAGAUCGAUGAGUUGUUUAACAUCUACAUCUAAUUUCAUUGCCAUAGUUAAUUAUUAUCAAUUCUUUGAUAAAUAGUAUUUAACUUGUUGUUUUUUUUCAUAUCUGUUUAAUUUAAAGUAAAUUGUAUUAUAAAUAUUAUAUAUUAUGACAAUUGUAGUUAUAAUUAAAUUGUAGACAAUUUCUGUAUAUUUGUAAAUGUAAACCAAUUUCAAUAGGUAAGAAAAAUUGCCUAAUUGUAACAGUUGUA